AUGUCAUGGCUGCAGGGAACAGCUGCCUGUUCUUUCUGGAGAACUGGCACUGAGAGCAAAUCCUUCACCAGUCUGGAGAAGAUAGAAAUAGAGACCCCCAAGGGUAAUGCACACUCCCACCCUCAACUCUGGUCCCGACUUUGGACAGUUGUUUGCCCCACUUCUUGGAGCUCAGCGGAAAACAGCAGUGGCAACCCCACACCCCUGCUUCAGUGCAAGGCAGGCAACCACAGGGAAGUGGAUGCAGUGCCCUACACAAACAGCAAUGCAACCUCUCUGCACAAACAUUGGCGUUGCCUGUCAGCAGCUACUGUAAGCAAACGAAUGAGCCCUCCUGCACAAAAAGAAGAGUAUUGCUGUGAGUAUGGCUCAAUGUCAUAUCUGAUACUAUGCUCCCUGGGUGGAGUUGUGAGCUGUGGUGCAACCCACACAGCAGUAGUGCCACUAGAUGUGGUAAAGUGCCGCAUGCAAGUGGAACCUAACCGCUAUCGGGGACUCGUUCAAGGUCUUAAUCUCACUGUGCAAGAGGAGGGGAUGCGUGGUCUGGUCAAGGGAUGGGCCCCAACAGCCAUAGGUUACUCCAUGCAAGGACUUGGUAAGUUUGGCCUCUAUGAGUUCUUCAAGAUAUAUUACUCUGAUUUGUUGGGUCCUGAACAAGCUUAUUUGUGGCGGACCAGCGUUUAUCUUGCUGCUUCAGCCAGUGCUGAGUUCUUUGCUGACAUCGCACUGGCCCCAAUGGAAGCAGUCAAGGUACGACUUCAGACCCAGCAUGGCUAUGCCAACACACUGCGGGAGGCAGCUCCCAAGAUGUACGUUGAAGAAGGGCUGUGGGCUUUCUACAAGGGAGUGUCUCCACUCUGGAUGCGCCAGAUCCCUUAUACCAUGAUGAAGUUUUCCUGCUUUGAACGAACUGUAGAAGCUCUCUAUAAAUACGUUGUCCCCAAACCACGGGAUAAGUGCAGCAAAAUGGAACAACUUGGAGUCACAUUUAUUGGUGGAUAUAUUGCUGGCAUCUUCUGUGCUAUAGUCUCACACCCAGCCGAUUCUGUGGUGUCUGUACUCAACAAAGAAAAAGGCAGCACUGCCAUAGGCGUUCUCAAGAGACUGGGCAUGCAAGGCAUCUGGAAAGGCCUAUUUACCCGCAUUUUGAUGAUUGGCACCCUCACCGCCCUGCAGUGGUUCAUCUAUGACUCCGUUAAGGUUUAUCUCAGGCUGCCCCGGCCCCCACCACCUGAGAUGCCUGCCUCUUUGAAGAAGAAACUCUCUCAAAAAUAG